UAAAAUAUUAUAGCGGAGUCUAAAGAAGAGUUCAUCCAAUUAUUUAACUCUUUAGUGUUAUCAUUAGCAAAGCAAAGAAAUGCCUAAACGACAUGUUCAACCGCGUUUCACUCGCAAGGCUGAGUCAAAGACACCAUCCCAGCCUCUUGUAGCCCGUCGCUCUGCAAACUAUCAACCGUCUCUUUGGGAGCACGAGUAUCUCCUCUCGCUCGGUAAUACAUAUGUGAAAGAGGCCGACAACAUCGAGAGAGUUAUGUUAUUGAAGCAGGAAGUGAGUAAAAUGCUCAAUGAAACUGAGGGUUUACUCGAACAGCUAGAGCUCGUUGACACUUUACAGAGGCUUGGAGUUUCUUACCAUUUUGAACGUGAAAUCAAGAAGACUCUAACGAAUGUGCAUGUAAAACAUGUGAGAGCACACCAAAAACGGAUAGAUCGCUGGGAAGACUUAUACGCGACCGCCCUUGAGUUCCGACUCCUACGGCAACAUGGUUUUAGUAUCGCAGAAGAUGUUUUAGACAGAAAUAUUGGAGAUGAUUUGGAUGAUACAGACAUCAAGGGUAUUCUUUCACUGUACGAAGCUUCAUAUCUCUCGACCAGAAUCGAUACUAAAUUGAAAGAGACCAUAUGCUAUACAACAAAACGACUUAGAAAAUUUGUGGAGGUUAAUAAGUCUGAGAACAAAUAUUACACUCUUCGAAGGAUGGUGAUCCAUGCCUUAGAGAUGCCGUACCACCGGAGAGUGGGAAGAUUAGAAGCAAGGUGGUACAUAGACGUGUACGGAGAGAGACACGACUUGAACCCUAUCUUGCUUGAAUUCGCGAAACUUGAUUUCAAUUUCGUACAAGCUAUCCAUCAAGACGAGCUCAAAUCUCUCUCUAGUUGGUGGAGCAAGACGGGAUUAACAAAACACCUCGAUUUCGUUAGAGAUCGAAUAACGGAGAGUUAUUUCUCGAGUGUUGGAGUAAUCUAUGAGCCGGAGUUUGCAUAUCACCGACAAAUGCUUACAAAAGUUUUCAUGCUUAUAACAACUAUCGACGAUAUAUACGAUAUUUAUGGGACAUUGGAGGAGCUUCAACUAUUCACAACCAUAGUUGAAAAAUGGGAUGUGAAUCGUCUUGAAGAACUUCCCAAGUACAUGAAGUUAUGUUUUCUCUGCCUCGUCAACGAAAUCAAUCAGAUUGGAUAUUUUGUUCUCAGAGAUAAAGGGUUUAAUGUGAUUCCUUACCUCAAAAAAAAGUGGGCAGAUAUGUGUACAACGUUUUUGAAAGAGGCAAUGUGGUACAAAAGUGGUUACAAACCUAACUUCGAAGAAUACAUGCAAAAUGGUUGGAUCUCAAGUUCAGUCCCUACAAUACUUCUACACUUGUUCUGUCUCUUCUCCGACCAAGCCUUAGACAUUCUUGUCUCCUACAAUCACUCUGUAGUUCGAAGCUCCGCCACCAUCCUCCGUCUCGCUAACGAUCUCGCCACUUCUUCGGAGGAAUUAGCGAGAGGCGACACUAUGAAAUCCGUACAAUGUCACAUGCAGGAAACGGGAGCUUCGGAGGCAGAGUCACGCGCGUAUAGAAUUCAAGGAACGAUUGGUGUGGCUUGGGAUGACUUAAACUUGGAGAAAAGGAGUUGUAACUUGCAUCAAGGUUUCGUAGGAGCUGCGGUUAAUCUUGGACGUGUGGCUCAGUGUGUUUAUCAGUACGGUGAUGGCCAUGGCUGUCCUGACAAGGCUAAGACCGUCAAUCAUGUCCGGUCCUUGCUCGUCCACCCUGUUCCACUCAAUUAAUUAAUGUCAUUUCUAAUAAUAAGUCUUAAAUCACACAAGUAUUGGAUUAGUUCAAAGAGUUGAGAGAUGCAUAUGUAUUAUCUCCUCAGAUUAUAAAA